CACCGCGCUGUCAGAAGCAGGAAGUAUGUAAAAUGUAAUGCGGCUUUUCCUCUCAUUGCUCUCAUUUCCUCUUUUUAUUUUUAUUUACUCAUUCUGUGAGUACAAACACGUGAACCUGUUGGCUUCAUGCUGUCUGUAAGGUUCACGGCAUGCUGCUAACCACACAGUCUUUGGAGCAAAGGAGAUCCAGACACACUGAUGUUGAUGAUUAGUCCCAGGAUGGCCUCGGGAAUGCAAGAGAAACAGUUCACACCAUCUCUGCUCAGUUUCUUCAUCUACAACCCGACAUUCGGUCCACGGGAAGGAGAGGAGGAGAAGAAGAUCUUGUUUUACCACCCGAGUGAUGUGGAAAAGAACGAGAAGAUCCGAAAUGUGGGCCUUUGUGAGGCCAUCGUGCAAUUCACCAGGACGUUCUGUCCAACAAAACCAGCUAAAUCCCUGCACACACAGAAGAACAGACAGUUUUUCUUUGAGCCCGAGGACAAUUUCUGGAUCGUCAUGGUAGUUCGAAACCCAAUGAUCGAGAAACCGAACAAAGAUGGCAAACCACCUACAGUGGAGUAUCAGGAAGAGGAAAUACUUGACACUGUUUAUGGUGCUGUGGUGAGGGAAUGCUACAGUAUGUAUAAGCUCUUCAAUGGUACGUUUGGCCGAGCGAUGGAAGCCGGUGGAGUGGAGCUGCUCAUUCAGAAGCUGGAAAAGUUCUUCUACAGGGUUAACCCAGGCUUCCCUCUGCAGCAUGUAACCCAAAGACAGGCUGAGGUAUCAGAGGAUGAAGGUCAGGAUGAUUAUCUGCAGACUCUCCACUUGCAGUCCUGCGACCUGCUGGACGUAUUCGGAGGCAUCAGCUUCUUCCCCCUGGACAAGAUGACCUACCUGAAGAUCCAGUCCUUCGUCAACCGAGUGGAGGAGAGCCUGAGUCUCAUCAAAUACACAGCCUUCCUGUACAACGACCAGCUCAUCUGGAGCGGACUGGAACAAGACGACAUGAGGAUUCUGUACAAGUACCUGACCACCUCGCUGUUCCCCAGACACUCUGAACCAGAGUUGGCUGGUAGAGACUCUCCAUUGAGGCCGGAGGUUGCAGGGAACCUGUUGCACUAUGGGAGGUUUCUGACAGGACCGACCAACCUCAAAGAUCCAGAGGCCAAAUUCAGAUUCCCUAAAAUCUUUGUUAGCGCAGAGGACGGCCACGAGGAGCUGCAUCUCAUUGUUUAUAAGGCGAUGAGUGCUGCAGCCUGUUUUAUGAUCAGUGCCUCUGCAGAGCUGACGAGGGACUUCUGUGAGCAGCUGGACAGCCUGGUGGGUCCUCAGCUCACUCUGCUGGCGUCUGACAUCUGUGAACAGUUCACCGUUAACCGCAGGAUAUCAGGGCCGGAGAAGGAGCCCCAGUUCAAGUUCAUCUACUUUAAUCACAUGAACCUGGCGGAGAAGAGCACCAUCCACAUGAGGAAGACAGCCAGCGUCUGCCUCACCUCCGUCCACCCCGACCUCAUGAAGAUCCUCGGCGACAUCAACUGUGACUUUGCCAGGGUUGAUGAGGAUGAAGAAAUCAUUGUGAAGGCGAUGACAGACUACUGGGUCGUCGGGAAGAAGUCAGAUCAGAGAGAGCUGUAUGUGAUCUUAAAUCAGAAGAACGCUAACCUGAUCGAAGUCAACGAGGAGGUGAAGAGACUCUGUGCGACUCAGUUCAAUAAUAUCUUCUUCUUGGACUGACGGAGCAGACAGGCGCACAGAGACUGUCCCACCUCACUAAGAACUGUCAGUAAAAACUGUCAGAGCUGCAGCAUCAUGACAGCAGCAGUGUAAUGCAAUAAUUGCAUUGUAAAAUAAAAAAAAUAAAAAAGCUUUCUCACCUGUUUUUUUUAAUUUAAUCAAAAUAUGUAAUUAAAUGUAAAUCCAGAUUUUUACUGUACAUGUUCCUUAUUUUCUGUCAGUUUCUUUGUACAUACUUUUUGUUAACUCUUCUUUUGGAAUUCUUUCAAAACCGUUUGUUUUUAAUGAACACAUCAUGACAAAAAUGUCUCGGAUUGAUAUGGAAAACACUGACGUUUGACCCAGGUUCCUUUUAAAAGAAGAUGAUGUCAUCAUGUGGUUUGUAAACAGCUGCGUUAACUUUAAAUAAAUUAACAAGUCAUUUUA